AUGGUUUGGCCAGACAAAGGACUUUUGGCUACGGCUUUCGAGGAGGACAAUGAGGUUCGGAGCCUAUUCAGGCAGAACAAGGGCCACCUACUUUCUUGGCCCUCGCCAGAGCUGGUAGGGGUUGCUAGCCUGAAAGCCCUGGCCCUGAACGUUACCGUGAUCAAGCUUGCAAUACGCAUCUGGGGCCAAGCGACCCCCACACCUAAAGCUAUGUCGGUGGAUUGGCUGAAGAACGAAGUAUCUGGCCUUCACGAUAUGCUUUGUGCUGGUGGCAAAGGGAAGACAGUGCCUAUUUAUGUCGACAGCUGGGGUAUCAAGCGGUUGUCUACCCUAGCUAUGCGACGGUGGAAGGCUCCCAUCGCUACCUUACGGGAUCGUACACUACAUGGCUUAUUCCGUGAAAUGACGCAAGCUUGGGGUGAGGAGGCUGCAGAACCCGACCAGGAGUUGGAUGAUGAUGAUGAUGGUGUGGCUCCUGCUGAGGAUGAUGCUUACCCAGAUGCUGGAGACGCAGCUGCCGAAGAUGCCAGUGGGUCUGCAGAAGCGCCGGCUCGGGAAGCCGAGGAUGCCUUAGAUGCAGAGCUGCAGGCCACGGAGCAGCAGCUGCAAAUCCUGCAGAAACUUAUCUUAAGCCUGCACUGCAACUGCUGUUUGAAAUUCUGCUUGGUUCUUUUCGUUUGA